AUGCCAUCAAAAUACAAACCGACCCGCGAUCGCAAACAACGGCGUGCGCCAAAGCUCCAUCGUGAUGGCGGGGACGAUACCAGGGAAGCUGCACCACCACCACCACCGACUGCGACACCGUCGGACCCCAACGCGGAGAUCAUAAUCCCCCCGACAAAAGCGCAGAAGGCUGAGAAGCGCAAGGCGGACUUACUCGCCGAGGCGAGGGCCGGGACCCCCGGCAUGUCCGGGAAGAAAUUGAAGAGGUUUAAUAAGUAUAUUGUACUGCUCCCCUUUCCUACAAUCCUAUCUAUUACGGGCGCGUGGCUGAUUGGGGGUUACAGGAGAAUAAGCUCAGGAAGGAAGAAAAGGCGGAGAUAAUAGCAAAACUAGCUGCGGGUGCGUCCUCGAUGGACAUAGGGCUGCUGAGGAGCACGAGGGAGCUUGGAAGGGGGCGGGAGACUAAGAAGGAGAGAGUGCGAAGGGCUUUUAGGGAGGUUAAGGCUGGGAUUGCAGGGGAGGAGAGCCGGGGAGUGGUGCUCGAGGAGAGGGUUGUUAGGGAUCCCGCAGAGCUUGAGGUGGUUAUACCCCCGGCGGUGGAUUUGGAGGAGGCCGUGAAGGCGGGAGCGGAGGCUAAGGUUCAAGAGAGAGCCGCGGAGAGACUUCCCGUGGUGCCGGUGAUUGCGAUUGGCUCUGGGCUCAAGAGGCCAUUGGAGACGGAUGAAAAUGGCUUCCCGAUUAUCAAAAGGGUUAAGAAGUCUGCCCAGACACGGCAGGAACGGUUGAUGGAGGCGAUUAAGGUUAUGGAAGGGGAAAUUAGUGGGAGUGGGUCUGAGGAUGAGGAUAGUUCGAGUGGUGGGAGUGUGGAGAGUGAAGAUGAAGAGGAGGAGUGGGGGGGCAUUGCUGAUGAUAUUGACGUCGCACCUGAUGCCCGAGCCAUAGGUGGUGAUCCCGUGGAGGGGGGCGGGCCCGAUGAGUCUGGGGAAAGGGACAAAGGAGAAGCCUCGGACGGCGAGGAUGAUGAUUCAGAGGAAGACAGCGAAGAGGAAGAAGGCGGUGAUUGUGAAGACAAUGGACUAGUUAGCCAUCUCCGACGGGGCCAGUCUGAGAAAGCAAAUGCCUUCAAAGCCUGGGCUCUUGCUCAACGAAAGCAAAUCUUUAACGACGGCGAGCCCGAACACUCAGUGCCAAAUCUUCUAGAACUCAAACCCAAAGUCGUCGCGGUUACCAAAACGGCCCCCGCUCCCAUACCCCCCCCGUCACAGGAUGUCAAAAAGGUAUGCCUAUAAUAAUCUGAAAUCACCUCUAAGGUCAUUGAGCUAAAAUAAACCCAGGCGUCCUUUGUAACUGUUGGGCGCCCCAUAGAGAUACAGUCUGCCCGUCUUGCCCUCCCAGUCGUAGCUGAAGAACAGCGCAUAAUGGAAGCAAUAAAUGCGAACGAUUGUGUAGUCAUAUGCGGUGAGACCGGUAGUGGAAAAACUACGCAGGUUCCGCAAUUCCUCUACGAAGCUGGCUAUGGCUCGCCGAAUACGUCGAUGCCUGGCUUAAUCGGUGUGACACAGCCGCGCCGAGUCGCAGCCGUGAGUAUGGCGAGUAGAGUUGGCGAGGAAUUAGGCGAUGGAGGGAAGAAGAAAGUCUCGUACCAGAUCCGAUUUGAGGGAACUGCGGGGCCAAACACCGCAAUUAAGUUUAUGACGGACGGGGUCUUGCUCCGGGAGCUUUCCGAGGACUUUUUACUUAGGAAGUACUCUGCUGUUAUAAUUGACGAGGCGCAUGAGAGGAGUAUCAAUACGGAUAUUUUGAUUGGGGUUAUGAGUCGCGUGCUCAAGCUUAGGAGGGAGUUGGCGGAGAAAGAUGAGACGAAGGUGUUUUUUUUUUAAGUUUGUGGCGAACUAAAAUGGGUUGUGACUGACUGUUAUUUUAGCCCUUGAAGUUGAUCAUUAUGUCUGCUACUCUGCGGGCAUCGGAUUUCACAGAGAAUCAACAACUUUUCCCUGCAGCGCCGCCAUUGCUUAAGGUGGAGGCUAGGCAGCAUCCAGUGUCUAUUCACUUCUCCAGACGCACUGCUAGCGAGUAUCCAGACGAAAUUUACAAAAAGGUUUGCAAGAUCCAUCGGCGCCUUCCUCCUGGCGGUGAGUCCUUUCCUUGCGUGGGUAUUCAGAGUGAUGCUGAUAUGCGGUGAUAGGAAUUCUUGUUUUCUUGACUGGCCAGAAUGAGAUCACUCACUUACUUAAGCGGCUGAGGAAAGCAUUUCCGUUUAAGGGUGAAAGGAAGGGCCCAGGUUCUGCACCUGUCCCACCAUCGGCGCAGAUAUCAGCCAGUGAGGCGGUUGUUGAAACUGAAGAUAUGGAGCUUGGUGAUUUCUCGAGGCCCGAUUCAUACGGUAGCGAGGAAGAGGCCUCUAAUAUAGGUGAUGAUGAUGACCUCGGAGAAGAGAUGUCUGCCGAAGACGUUGAAUCACCGCUUCACGUUCUUCCUUUAUACUCACUUCUCCCGACUAAGGAGCAAUUGAAAGUAUUCGGGGAAGUACCGGAGGGAUCAAGAAUGUGUGUUUUGGCGACCAAUGUUGCGGAAACCUCCUUGACAAUCCCUGGAAUUCGAUACGUUGUUGAUUGCGGACGUUCGAAAGAACGCAACUACGACAAGACCACUGGAGUUCAGAGUUUCGAUAUCGGUUGGGUCAGCAAGGCGAGUGCUGCACAGAGAGCUGGUCGUUCUGGGAGAACGGGUCCGGGUCACUGCUACAGGCUUUACUCCUCCGCAGUCUACGAACGGGAUUUCCCUGAGUUUUCCGAGCCCGAGAUCCUGCGGAUGCCAAUUGAAGGUUCGUUCGAGUGAUAGGUUAUGAUUAUCGUGUUUUACUAACUGGUCCAAGGACUUGUCUUGCAAAUGAAGAGCAUGAAUAUCGAUACAAUUGCGAAUUUCCCAUUCCCGACUGCGCCGGAUCGGCCAAGUUUACAAAAGUCCGAAAGGGUGAGUCUUGUAAUCGUCAUUGACACGUGUUGUCCUGACAUUGGGACUAACUCGUCAACAGCUUCUCGAAUACCUCGGAGCACUUGAUCCGAAAGGCGCCCUGACGGAAUUGGGAAGAGUUAUGAAUUUCUUUCCGUUGUCACCACGUUUCUCGAAGAUCCUCAUCAUCGGCCAGCAACAUGAGUGCCUACCAUACAUCAUUGCGAUCGUGGCAGCCUUAUCAGUGGGGGAUAUUUUCAUACCAGAGCACCAACUGGGCAUGCAUGGGGAGGCAGGCGACGAGGAUGCACCGAGAAAUUCUGAAACAGCGUUUGAAGAUGCACAGCAAACUAAACGGCGGAAGGAAUACUACCGUGCUCACCGGACCUUCUCAACUCUAGACCUCACCAGCGAUGUCCUGAAACUCCUAUCUGUAGUCUGUGCGUAUGAGUACGAGAAGGACUCUACAAGCUUCUGCGAGCGCAACUUCCUUCGGCUGAGAGCCAUGCAGGAAACACACAAACUCCGCCAGCAGAUCUCCAAAAUCGUCAAAACAAAUUGCCCGGGCGUGCUCAACUCCUUCAACCCAAAAUUACCCCCACCAUCCACAGUGCAGGUCAACGCUCUGAAGCAAAUCAUCGCAGCCGGCUUCAUAGACCAGGUCGCCAUUCGUGCAGACCUCCUCCCCAACUCCCCAUACAAACUCAGCUAUAACAGCGCGAAAAGAGUGACAGAAGUACCCUAUAUGACGCUCUUCGCAUCGUCUACAUUCCAGCAGUCCACGGAUGAAGGCGCGCCGCUGGACCCAGCAGUGUACGUCCACCCGAGUUCGGUCUUGGCAUCGCAGUCCUCAUACCCGGAGUACCUGGUGUAUAGCGAGCUGAAGAAAUCCGCUUCGCCGACCGGUAAGGUCCGGAUGAAGCCUUUGACGCCCGUCACAGGAGUACACUUGGCGUCGCUCGCGAAGGGGACGCCACUGAUCACUUACUCCAAGCCGCUGGAGCAUGUUCCUCCGAAGGUGCUGGAGGACUCGAUGGGGAAGAGGAGGGAGUGUUGGGUUAUUCCUAGAAUUGGGGGGGCGAUUGGUAGGAGCGAGGUUGGGUGGGGGUUGCCGGCAAGGAAGGUUGUACAGAGGAAGGAGGAGGGAAAGUGGGUUGUUGAGUAGAUCUAUGAUGCUUAUGGUACUUGCUCGAUGGGCUUUUGAUAGAGGUGGGUGCGCUGUGCUUGUAUGAUAGUGUGAUAAUACCUUAGGAAAUGUAUCGAAGUUUUGGUUUAUUUUGUGGCUGAAUGCCUUCCCCGGGGGUUGUGGUGGCCCUGCCGUGGUGGACUGUUUUACUUGUGCUUGAAGUGGAAAACUGGGAAUUAGGCAUAUUCGGGCUUGCACUAUGAUACGAUACUAUCAUACUACCGCACAUGAACCUCGAAUUG